CCUCGCAUAACGUCGAUUCCGUCCCCAACAUAGGCGGAGAGAGUGAGAGAGAGAGAGUGUCUGUGCGCACACCCGAGUCUCCAGGCUGCGGCGGGCAAGAACUGUCAGCGUCGCAUGUUGUGACGUCAUCUCAUUGUCGCCGGAGGAGAAUGGAGGGGUUGAACGCUGCGGAUGAGAUCGCUGCUCUGUGUUAUGAACAUUACCGCACCAGGCUCCCUAAGCAAGGCCAACCAGAUACUAGCAAGGAAUGGACUCUGAUGGCUGCAGUGGUACAAGUGGAGUCUGUGGCGGGAAAGACUGACAUCAAGAAAGUUGUUGCUAUGGGAACUGGGACAAAAUGUAUUGGUCAGUCAAAAUUACGGAAAACUGGGGAUAUUCUUCAGGACAGUCAUGCGGAAAUAAUUGCAAAGAGAAGUUUUCAGAGGUACCUCCUCCAUCAGCUUUCCUUAGCACUGUCAAAGAGCCCAGAUUGUAUGCUUGUUCCUGGAAGUGAUACCAACAAGUGGAUACUGAAGCCAGGGGUCUCCUUUGUGUUUUUCACCAGUCACACACCAUGUGGCGAUGCAUCGAUUAUACCCAUGUUUCCCCUAGAGGACCAGCUCUGUCCCACAGCUACAUCAGUAUCAGAAGUGACGCCAUUAGAGUGCAGCCCUGUCACUAUGAACAAUAAAAGGAAACAGGUGGGUUGUGAUUCUCCCAAUGUUCACAAGAAAAUGAAACAAGAUGAAUCCAACCAAGAAUCUGGGAGGAUAACUGAACCCAAGGAAAAGGCUAAAAGUGCAGAUUUUACACCUCAACCCAUAGAUGUGUUCAGAACUGGAGCCAAGUGUGUUCCUGGUGAACCUCAGGACAAGCACAAUCCAAGAGUGGACUAUCACACAGUUGGAGUCCUACGCCUCAAGCCAGGCCGGGGAGAUCGCACCAUAUCCAUGUCCUGCAGCGAUAAGAUGGCUCGAUGGAAUGUGCUUGGCUGCCAGGGGGCGCUGCUCAUGCACUUUCUACAGCAGCCCAUCUAUUUGUCCUCCAUUGUGCUGGGGAAGUGUCCGUUUAGUCUGCAGUCCAUGGAGAGGGCUCUACAUAGUAGGUGCCAAAAUGUUUCAGGUCUGCCUGAAGGAUUCCAAGUGCAUAAGCCACACAUCCUACAGUCACAUUUACAAUUUCAGCAUGGAAGGGAUGCACUAAGGAAAGCGGAUGAUGCAAGAAAGCUGGUUCCUUGUGGAGCAGCAAUCAGUUGGUGUGCAGUUUUACAUCAGCCACUAGAUGUCACUGCUAAUGGCUACAGACAAGGCACAACAAAGAAAGCAAUUGGAACGCCACAGUCCAGGUCCCGUAUCUGUAAAGUAGAAUUGUUUCAUACAUUCAGUCAUCUGGUAGAGAAUCUGCCAGAAGAGCAGAUCCCAGACUCACUCAGGAUUAGGCACCUACCACUCCUAAGCUAUUGCUCUUGUUUAAAAUCUUUUACUUUCCCGAUGUCAGAGCUGGUAGCAGUGCCAGGAAAAGUUGGCUAAUGUCUGCAGAAGGGUCCAGCCCUGGUGUCGAUUACACAGGGGCCCUACUAUGAAUGAACCACCUAUUGCCAGGAGAACGUUGAAUUGUUCUGUUGCAUAUUUUCUGACUGCACUUGUAGACAAAAUAUAUAAAUGGAUUUAGUAUUUUCUGCGUUUGUGACUCUUUAUUGGGGUGUAUGUUUCUGAGGCUGGUCACAUCUACCAUCCUGGAGUCAAGUAUAGGACUGAGCUGUGUGUAGCUUACAUUGGUCUCACUGUAACAAGCCCAUCUCGUAUGUGAGCAAAGCCAAGUUUACUCAUGGACAGUCAUGUAGAAAAAGAAUUAAAAACUUUAAAAACAAAUGGGGAGAUUUAUAAAGCUGUUCCCGUCAUUUUUUUGGCUGUAAAAAGGCGCGAUUUUGCGCAAUUCUUUUGCGCCUUUUUGAAAUAGAUGUUUUUGGAAAAAUUGGCUGUGGGUUGCAGGGAGGUGCAGUUGUCCAUGCAGUGGGCAGGAUUUAUUAACUGCGCCUUUGUUAAAAAGGUGCAACAUUUUUGCGCAAACGUUAAAAAAACCCAUAAAUGUAGACCAUGACCAACUUGGCUUAAAAAAAGACAGACCACAGUGAAAAGACUUUCAAGCAUGGGGAACCACUUAUUUAGCAAGGAGUCCUCUUUUAGAAUAAAGUCAUCCAAAUUAGCGAACAACUAAGCACCAGGCAGGGUUGUGUGACAGAAUUGUUUUUUUUAAAGAGAGCAAUAGAUUAUUAUGAAGAGCAAUAUAUUUGGACAGAUUAGUACAUACAAUUUGCACAUGCCAGACAAGCUAGUAUUGUCAUGUUGGUUUUUUAUCUCCCAUUUGGCAACAGCUGGAGACACCACUGCUGUCGUUGUAUUUUCUAACAACCAUCUGGAGAGAGUAUUCCAGCAUUUGGGCUGCUCCAUGAGUCAAAUCGCUUCAAAUUGUCACUCACCUAAUAAACUGCAGGGAUGUGGAAUUCCGAUCGCCCGACACCCAGGACAUGGAGUUCCGGGCAGGUGAAUUUUUCUGGGCAGGACUUGGCAUGUCAGCACGGUACAAUGGAGUAUGGUAAAUCAUAUCAUUACUCCAAUAUGAACGAAUUGUGGGCUUUUUAAUUAUGCCCAUGUUUAACAAAACAGGAAAAAAUCAGCUUCUUUUAACCCCGUGCUGUUAACACUAAUGCCUGCAGUGGCCAUAAAAACAGGCAAAUUGGGUAUAAAGCUUGAAGCUGGAGCCCAAUCAGAGAUGGAACUAGGACCUGGCUCAGUACUAUGCCUAGGAAAGUGGCGAGGAGGUUCCUCAUCAGAAUCAGUAGAGGACGAGGAAGAAGAGGGCAAAUAUAGCAACUCUUCACCGCUGUCUGAACCUGAGGAAGAUGCCAAGAAGGCAAAUGCCUCCUCAGUGUUGUACGUGCGACGCCUUGACAUAUUUUUUAGAAUGGAUGACACUUGUACCAACACUAGAACUGUAUAUUUUUUGUAUUUUUAUUUUUUUUAUUACAUUUUUUUCCUUUUUUUUCUUUCCUGGAAACAAACAAUCAAAAUGUAACCGCACUACAAACAACAAAACAGUGGCGAACUGUCACCACUGUCCUGAAUCCCUAGAACUACUCGCGGUGAGACAAGUAUAGAUAAAUAAAAAAAACUAACUGUAACAGCACCACUAGUACUAUAAUAUGUCACUAAUAACUAAUAUAUAUAUACUUUAAUGCUUUUAUAUUUUCUUUGUAACUACGGAAAUACAAACAAAAAGCAAAAAUACAAUUUCUUCACUGUAGCCUGUUCACUAUCACAGGUUACAGCAGCUGAUGAAUGAAUGAAUGAAUGAAUCAGCAGCAGGGUAAGGGGCACUGCAGGGACACUGUUUUAUAGCUGUUUUACAAAGUUUUCUUCAGCUUUUAUAAAAGCUUUUUGUACACUGUAUCUUCUCUCUUCUUCUGUUACAUUAACUCCAGCAUUACUGUAACAAAGAAGCAGAGACACUGUGAUUGGUCCACAGGGACCAAUCACAGAACUCUCUGACCAGGACCAAUCACAGAUGUCCUGGGAUGUCAGGCAGAACUUGUCUCCCGCCCAUGACAGCAGGACUUCUGCUGGUUAACCUGUGCAAUGCCGCGCAUCGCCGGGUUAACUGAAUGCCUUAUAUAUACGGCGGAAUGCGUGGAGGACCUGCACAAUCCGCCGUUUAUAUAAGCCAUUCUGCGGGAAGAUGUUAAAAUAUAACAUUGUUACCAGUACGGUAAAUGUAAAAAAAAAAAAAAAAAACACAGAAUUGCAAUUUUUAUUAUAUCCCAGAAAAAAGUUAAAAGCGAUUAAAAAGUCGGGUCAAUACCAAAAUGGUACCAAUACAAAAAUCUGAUUAUGGUGCAAAAAAAUAGCCCUCAUACAGCCUUGUAUGUGUAAAAAAAAUAAAUAAAAAAAAAAUAAAAUACAAGUGUCAGAAAAUGGCAAUUAAAAAAAAUUCAAAUAAAAGUUCUGAAUUUUUUUUAGAUUAGUAAAACAUGACUGAAUCUGUACAAAUCUGGCAUUGCCGUAAUCAGGCGGCCUAAAGUAUCAAAACAACAUGUUAGCUCAACCACAAGGUAAAUGGCGUAGAAAAGAAAACCACCACAUUUUCAAAAUAUCUUUAACUAUUUAAAUUUCACUUCACCAAUAUUUUAUUUAAUUUAUAUAUAUAUUUUGAGCAUAUGUUAUGGAAAAAUUAAGAGGUAUCAUUAUAGUAGUUAUUUAUGGCUAAUAUAGGGGCAAGGAGGAAAAAAUCAGAGCGUAAAAGCAAAAAUUGGCCCGGACAAGUGGAUCGUCAUGAGGGACAAGUAGAUUUUGCUCCAUUUUAGUCCCGUGGACAAGUAGUUUUUUAUAAAAUUUCCACACCCCUGAACUGGAGAGCGCAAAGUGAGAGCCCAAGCUUUGAGAUCAGGGAGCGGUGACUAUCCUAGUCACAAUGGCCUAGGUGUUGAAAACACUGCGGGGGAGACAGCUCCAUAACAGGUAAGCUGCGUUUAGUCUGAAGGUUGGUGCAUGUGUCUUAAAGGAAAACUGUCAUUAAUCAUUGAUUUAAAGCGCCCGGGUUUUUUUGGAAGAAAUAGCCGAUACUUUAUACCGGAAUAUUGGUAUAAGUUAUCGGCUAUCGGCCUGAAAGGUCACAGAUUAUCGGUAUUGGCCCUAAAAUAUCUAUAUCGGUCGAUCCCUAUUUUCCAUUGCCUUUUUUGAUGUUGUAUAUGUAAUCCUAUUCUUUUAUAUGUUAUAGUUUUAAUUAAUUCUGUCUGCACCUUGAGAUCUGAAUUUCAGCUAUUUAUUUAUUGCAAAUGUUUUACUUGUCUUAUUUGCUUUUUGUAUAUGCAUUAUAAACAGAUUAUGGUACCGUAUAACCAGAAAUUUCCUAAAAUGUAUUAUUAGGAUCACUGGAGCAAUAUAUAAUAUCCCCCUUCACUUACUGAUAGUCAAGAAUGUGUCAGCACAUUGCAGCAGCCACCGUUAUCGUUUUAUUUUAUCCAAAGCAAAAAAUUGAUCCAGAUGGAAGGAAAAGUAGAAGUCCUUCCUGUGUUUAAACAAAUAAAAAACAACUCUAAAUAUAGCUUUAGGACGAUCGUUGCACAUUGCCAUGCUUGGUUAUGUUGCUUAUGUUACUGUGGGAAUCACAUGAAUGUAUGCAGUUUCACACUACGGGCACAACAAGUACAAGUCUUGCUACCCCCAACAAAUAGCCAAGUGAAAAGAAUUAAAAAGGUGAUAACAUUUUACACCAACAAUCACAAUGGAGGGAGAUGUAUCAAAUCCUAUGCAGAGGAAGAGUGGUACAGUUGCCCAUAGCAACCAAUCAGAUUGUUACUUUCAUGUUUUAGAGGCCUUUUAAAAAAAGUUAUAGAAACGCUCCUAUUGGUUGCUGUGGGCAACUGCACUUUUCCUCUACACAAGUUUUGAUAAAUCUCCUCCGAUAAGCCUCCUGUGCAUCACUCCCCUUCUCAUUUAGAUGGACUGUGACCUGAGGUGAACUUGUAGGGCAUCUUAUCUGUACUAAUGUGUACACAUCCAAUGGUCUCCACGGUGCUUGUGUUAAUCAGUCCUUAUCUUGUAUUGAUGUGAUCGGACAGCUUGCGCACAGCAUUCCUUUUGUCUCUGCAUAUCUCCCAUGUAUACUUUGCUAGAAGACAGCUGUCAAUACAGGGGAUGGUCUAUUUGACCAGUAUGGGCAGAGUUGGAUGGGCAGAAUGGGGUUAUGUUAAGAACAGAAAAGGCAAUUCUCUUUUAUUAUGUCCUUACAGUGUCACCACACCUUAACCUGCAUCCUGUUGAUAUAGACUGUUAGUAUUUGUACCUAAUUUAUACCCACCGUUUGGGGGUAUUCCAGCUCUUUUAUAUAAAAAAUGAAUAUGGGGCUGUGCAAAAAUAGAAAAGAAACAAUACUUAUACUACUACCGACCAACCCCAGCUCCCGCUGUCCUCCUGUUCUUCUAGUUUUCUGCUGCUAGUCUCUUCAGCCUGCUUCUGAGAUGAACACUUAAGGGGGCACUGCAGCCAAAAUUAACUUAUAAGUAGCUGAUCGUGGGGGGGUCUGACCGCUGGGACCCCCUCCGAUUUCUGGAAAGGGGCCCCGGCUCUCUUAGUGAGGAGCACAUGUUGUUUACCAGUAGACAGCACCCGCUCUAUUCAUUUUUAUGGGAGAGCCGAUGAUGCUCGAGUGCUGGACUCUGGUCUUUUCGUUGCUCCCGUAGAAAUCAAUGGAGCGCAUGCACUCCUACAACAUGUGCUUCUCACUCAUUGCCAGGUCCCGUUCUGGAGAUCGUGGGGGGUCCCAGUGGUCGGACAGGGGGUAAGUUACUUUUGGCUGCAAUACCCCUUUAACACCUUAAGGGGUUCAGCGUUUUUCGUUUUUCCCUCCUUACCUUUAAAAAAUCAUAACUCUUUCAAUUUUGCACCUAAAAAUCCAUAUUAUGGCUUAUUUUUUGCAUCACCAAUUCUACUUUGUAAUGACGUUAGUCAUUUUACCCAUAAAUCUACAGUGAAACGGAAAAAAAAAUCAUUGUAUGACAAAAUUGAAAAAAAAAAUGCCAUUUUGUAACUUUUGGGGGCUUCCGUUUCUACACAGUACAUUUUUCGGUAAAAAUUACGCCUUAUCUUUAUUCUGUAGGUCCAUAUGAUUAAAAUGAUACCCUACUUAUAUAGGUUUGAUUUUGUCGUACUUCUGGAAAAAAUCAUAACUACAUGCAGGAAAAUGUAUACGUUCAAAAUUGUCCUCUUCUGACCCCUAUAACUUUUUUGUUUUCUUGCGUAUUGGGCGGUAUGAGCGCUAAUUUUUUGCGCCGUGAUCUGAAGUUUUUAGCGAUACCAUUUUUGCAUUGAUCGGACGUUUUGAUCGCUUUUUAUUCAUUUUUUAUUGAUAUAAAAAGUGACCAAAAUGCACUAUUUUGGUCUUGGGAAUUUUUUUGCGCGCACGCCAUUGACCGUGCGGUUUAAUUAACAAUAUAUUUUUACAAUUCGGACAUUUCCGCACGCGGCAAUACCAUAUAUGUUUCUUUUUAUUUACUUUUUUUUUUAUGGGAAAAGGGGGGGUGAUUCAAACUUUUAAUAGGGAAGGGGUUAAAUGAUCUUAACUUUUUUUUUUUUUGCAGUGUUAUAGCUCCCAUAGGGACCUAUAACACUGCGCACACUGAUCUUUUACAUUGAUCACUGGUUUCUCAUAGGAAACCACUGAUCGAUGAUUCUGCCGCUUGACUGCUCAUGCCUGGAUCUCAGGCACUGAGCAGUCAUUCGGCGAUCGGACAGUGAGGAGGCAGGUGGGGACCCUCCUGCUGUCCUGUAAGCUGUUUCGGAUGCCGUGAUUUCACCGCGGCUAUCCCGAACAGCUCCCUGAGCUAACCGGCAUGCUUUCACUUUCGACUAAAGGGUUAAUGUUGCGCGCUAUUAGCCACGGGUCCCGGCCGUUGUUAGAGGCCGUGGCCCCGCGUUAUAGAUCUGGAGCGGACUCAUGACGUAGCGGUACGUCAUGAGUCCUUAAGGGGUUAAAGAAAGACCUUCCCACUUAGCCAAUUACUGGCCUAGAAGGGACGCCGAUGCAGGAAGAAGACAGGUGAUCGGAAGACUGAAAGAAGAACAAGCAGUGGCGCAACUAGGUGUAGGUAAGUACAGUGGUCCCUCAACAUACGAUGGUAAUCCGUUCCAAAUGAACCAUCGUUUGUUGAGGGAUCCGUGCAAUGUAAAGUAUAGGAAGUUGUACUCACCUGUCCCUGCCGGUCCGGAUAGUCACCGUUGCGCUCCAUCACUGUCGCCAUGUCCCCGCCGCUCCGGAACGUCGCUCUCACGUCGCCGUCAUCAUGUCACUACGCACGCCGCUCCUAUUGGAUGACGGGACGGCGUGCGCGGCGACGUGAUGGAGGGGAUCCCGAAGAGGAUGCUCCGGAGCCCAGAGGACUGGUAGGAUACCAUCACCGGAGCACACGGGGCACCGUAAACGGCUAUCCGGCGGCAGCUGAAGCAGUCAGCACUGCCGGAUAGCCGUUUAUGCGAUGGCCCCGACAUACAAUGUUUUUGUAUGUUGAUGCUGCCUUCAACAUGCGAUGGCCUCUUAGUGGCCAUCACAUGUUGAAAUUAUCGUAUGUCGGGGGGGUCACUGUAUAGUUUUGUUUAAAAAUAUAUAAAUAUAUAUAUAGCUCCUAAAACUGCUUUCUAAGUGUCCUGGACAAGAAACUAUUUAUUUCAUGCAGUGAUGACUGAAUAAGGAAUAAGUAAGCAGAUUUGUCAUUCAGGACUCUAGUAAAGCUGGAUGAUCACACAUAUGGCUUCCAAAUUGGUUACUAUAUAGAAUAUAUUUUUUGCCUAGCUACAUGAGGCAAGCGUCCAUUAAUUUAUAUUAACUGGUUGUUUUACUGGUUUAUCUACAUAUCAUGCAGUAUUUUACCUUUUUUUUUUUCCCCCCU